UGGGGAGAUUCUGGAGUUUGAUCUCUCCUUGCUCCCAAUGGGCCUCUUGCUUUGCAAUGCGGCAUUCUUUCUUCUAGCUUGGCUCACGAUCUCCGCAAGAGCCGAUCAAACUGGCCUCAGCAGAUGCGACUUUCCGGAAGAUUUCAUAUUCGGCGCCUCAGCAUCGGCGUUCCAGUAUGAAGGCGCUGUGGAUGAAGGCGGGAGAAAGCCCAGCAUCUGGGAUAUCUUUGCUGCGAACCCAAGAAACAUUGCGGAUGGAAGUAGUCCAAACAUCACGGAUGAUCAAUACCAUCACUACAGGGAUGAUGUUCUCCUGCUCAAGAACUUGGGGAUGGAUUCAUACAGGUUCUCAAUCUCCUGGACUCGAGUUUUCCACGACGGUCGCGUGAAUCCCGAAGGGGUUGCGUACUACAACAACUUGAUCGAUGCUCUGCUGGAACACGGAAUCAAGCCUUUUGUCACGAUCUAUCACUGGGAUCUCCCGCAAACUUUGCAAGAUAAGUUUGGAGGAUGGCUUAGCCGAGACAUCGUGGACGAGUAUUUGCGAUUCGCAGACAUUUGCUUCCAGGCCUUCGGCGACCGCGUGAAAAACUGGCUAACUUUCAACGAGCCACACCAGCUGGUAAACGGAGGCUACGUCCAAGGAUACUACCCGUUAGACUCGUUUUGGUAUGAACCAUACUCAAGUCUUCCGAGAGAUAUCGCAGCUGCUCGUAGAGCUCUCGACUUUGAACUUGGAUGGUUCUUGCAUCCAAUUACGUUUGGAGACUAUCCACAGUCGAUGCGUCUCUACGUCGGGGAUCGCUUGCCGGCUUUCACUGUCGAAGAGUCGAGAGAUCUUCGAAACUCCAUGGACUUUGUGGGACUCAAUCACUACACUUCUCGAUACACUCAAGACAAUCCAUGGCCUAGCAACGUUCGUCCCGGCUACGAGAGUGACUCCCAUACACACUUUCUAACUGAAAGAAACGGGAUUUCUAUCGGAGGCACGACUGGGACCUGGCUUUAUGUUGUACCUUGGGGGCUUUACAAUAUACUCAACCACGUCAAGGAGAACUACAACAAUCCUCCGAUUAUCAUCACGGAAAAUGGAUUGGUGGACGUUGCCGAUUCGAACACUUUUAGCGACAGGUUCAUAAAGGAUGAUGCAAGGGUUCAGUUCUAUGAGUCGUAUCUCACGAGCUUGCAGCAAGCCAUCGGAACCGGUGUGGAUGUUCGUGGCUACUAUGCGUGGUCUUUGCUAGACAAUUGGGAGUGGGAUAGCGGAUUUAGCCAGAGAUUUGGUCUCUAUUACGUGGAUUACACAACUUUGAAACGAUACCCGAAACAUUCAGCGCUUUGGUUUAAGCAGUUCCUCUCUAACACAAAAUGUAGCGGUAAGUUUAUCUCUGUGUUUUUGCAACUGACUUAAGCUG